GAGAGGAAAUUAGAGAGUAUUAAACAUUUCACUUUUGCCUCCAAGAAAACAAAUAUUUUUGCUUCUUACAUUUCAUCACUCAAAAGACAACAAUUCAAAUUCAAAGUUACUCAUUUCCAAACUCUCUCAAAAGAUUUAAGCAUGAAUAUGGCCACCAUGUUCAUGAGCAAACAGCUCAUCACUCAGCAACCCUCGAUAAAUCUUCCCCCUGGAAGACUAAACACCAACCCUAAUUUCUGGAAGAAGAAGCUGCAAAAAGAGAAGGUGGUGAUUGUGAUCGGCGCCACCGGCACGGGCAAGUCCCGACUAUCGAUCGACAUCGCCACCCGGUUCUCAUCGGAAGUCAUCAACUCCGACAAAAUGCAAGUCUACGAGGGUCUCGACGUAGUAACCAACAAGGUCACCAAGCAAGAACAACAGGGAGUGCCCCAUCACUUGCUCGGAACAAUCAAUCCCUUCUAUGAUUUCUCGGCGACCGACUUCUCCGACAUGGCCGGGCUUUCCUUGGACGCUAUCGCCGCCCGCGAUCGCCUCCCGAUCAUCGCUGGGGGCUCUAAUUCUUACAUAGAAGCCUUAAUCGACCCAAACUUUCAAUCGAGAUACGAAUGUUGUUUCCUUUGGGUGGAUGUGUCAAUGCCUGUAUUGUGUUCCUUUGUAUCCAAACGAGUAGACAAGAUGGUAGCGAACGGAAUGGUCGACGAGGCUGAAAAGUUCUUUGAUCCUGCCAGAGAUUAUUCUCGUGGGAUCAAAAGGGCAAUCGGGGUUCCUGAAUUCGACUCGUAUUUUCGAUACAAAUCAUUGCUAGACGAAGAAACUCAAGAUAAACUUCUCCAAGAUGCAAUAUCAAAAGUGAAGGACCACACAUGCAGGCUAGCAUUGAGACAAUUAGGGAAAAUCCAACGGCUCAAAAACGUCAAGGGAUGGAAGAUACACCAAUUGGAUGCAACAGAGGCCUUUACAAAGCAAGGGAAAGAAUCAGAGGAAGCAUGGAACAAGCUUGUGGCGGCACCGAGCAUGGCGAUAAUCGAAAAAUUUCUUCACCAAAACGUCUUCACGGUGAAAGCCCCGACGACCUUGGCGUCCCUCAUCGGCAUACCGAGGAAGAGAAGUGCAGCCAUUGCAGCUGCAACUCCUUGAAGGAAAAGCAAGAAUGGUGUGCAAUGGAAGAAAACUUUUUGGCUAUAUUAGAUUUAUUAAGAGGGUGUGGGACAAACAAAUAAAAAGGAAGGGAGUUCUAAUGUCACAAGAUCAAAUAUAAAUUGGAUGGUAAAAGAUUCAAGAAAAAGCAUAAUUUUGAGUGAAAAAAAAAGGUACCAAGAGAGGAAUUUAUUAUAUAUAUACAUUCCAAAUAUAUCAGUUUGCAAAUUAAAAGUGUUUUACAUGUUUGACAAAUGUAAUUCAUUGAGUUAAAACCAAAUAACUAGGUGAAGGGGUGAGUGAAAAUGGUUUAAUUUAGUUAUAUUUUACCAUUUGUAAAUGGUUACAACUAUAAGAUAUGGUUCUAUAUAUAUGUGUAACUUUCAUUUUAAUGAAAUUUUGU